CCCAACUGGGCCCCACGCCCACCUAACGCCUUCAUCCUCUUCCGCCGUACUUACGCGGAGAAGCAUAAGGGAGAGGAGGUCCAGUUGCCGGAGAAGCUGACGCUCUCCAAACGAGCCUCCGCAGCAUGGCGCUCGCUGACCCCCCAGGAGAAGAGACCCUGGUACGACGCCGCGAAGGAAGGGGCGGCGGAGCAUAUGCGACGCAACCCCAACUAUGUCUACAAACCCAAUAAGAAGACCCGGAGCGAUCACCGCAGG